AUGGAUAUUCCUCGUAUUCAGGCCCAUGCCCAGAACCUGGAAGAACAGCAGCAGCCGCAAAGGGGUGAGCGUGAUUGUGAUAGAGGGUAUGGCAAGAGAUUUAAUCGCCCUACUUAUUCCAGACCCGAUCAGAGCUUCAUGGUUUCGGGGUCCCAGUAUAGAGGAGAUCCCAGUCAUAUAAGACCACCCGUACCACGAUGUACUCAGUGUGGUAGACUAAAUUUGGGACAGUGCCUCCUGGGUUCAGAUGCUUGUUAUGGUUGUGGUCAGCCAAGCCAUGUGGUGCAAGACUGUCCAUCUCGAGGUGGUAGGAGUAGGGUCCAGCCCAUAGGAUCAGCGGAUGGUUCUUCAUCAUCCGUGCGCCCUUUAGGGCAAGGUUCGCAAGCACCAGCAGGUCGUGGUAGAGGCAGAGAAGGAGCAUCCAGUUCAAGCGGCCCUCAGAACCGUAUCUAUGCGCUAGCCGGUCGACAUGAUCUUGAGUCCUCCCCUGAUGUUGUCACAAGUAUAUUGUCAGUAUGCUCUCAUGAUGUAUAUCCAUUGAUUUAUCCAAGUUCUACUUUGUCGUAUAUUACUUCUUAUAUUGCCAAACGUAUUGGGGCCUUUCCUGGAUCUAUUAGUAAUUAUGUUCAUUGA